CUUUUUAUCUUAGUCAAUCGCCCCUUUUCUAUACUUUGUCGCUUUUUUUUUUCUCCUUUGUGAGCUAUGCCAUGGAAAGCUCCAUCACCAUUUCUCACGACAAGCACAGCAAUCUUCACUUGGGAGAUCUAAAAAAACAGUCUCCAAAAAAUAUUACGGCCAGCUUUUCGCCACAGACGCCUCCCGCUGUUGCCGCUGCUCUCUUGGAAGACUCGUUAUUUCCACCUAGAAAACCCAAAGCCAUCAUUAAUGAUGAUUCUGAGGCCGAUUCAGAUGAGUCUGAUGAGAAUAAUGGAAAAUCACGGAAGGAUCCUUUGGCGACGCAGGUGUGGCGAAUGUAUACGAAAGCCAAAGAUGCGCUACCCAACGGUUCUCGUUUGGAGAAUUUAACGUGGCGCAUGAUGGCCAUGACAUUGAAUAAGAAGAAAGCAGAAGCUGCAGCAGCAGCAGCUGCCGCCGCCACUACACCAGGUUAUGCAGAGGAGGACACGGAAGGAAGAGACGAAUAUAUGCAAGAGGACGAUGCAGAUAUGAAUAUGGACACCUCUUAUCUUGCGCAAAACUCAAAGUUGAUGGGCGAUGAUAACUCAGCUCAACCCACAUCUACGGCUUCCACGGCAGCGAAUGGCAACACCAACGUCAAUAAUCCAUCGAUGCGCACAUCUCCACCAGCACCUGAUGAUACCACCACUCUUUUAUCAUCCUCCGCACCCCCUUACAUGAUUGACUUUUUGAACGACGGUCCUCCCUUCCAGCAUGCUUCGCAUCAUCAGAAUCCACAAAACAAAAAUGUCAUGGUUUACGGCUCAACUCGGGCGUCAACCCCAGGUGGGGCCUUGACCUCAUCAUCACAAGACUCUCAAUUUCUUAUGCCUGCAUAUAACUCAAAGGCUAAUGUUACCGCUACUUCCCUGUUAUCUGCGGCUACGGCCAAUAGUAUUACUAUUCCUGUAGACCUUCCUACAGACUCAGAUAUGGACGAAUAUCAUGAAAUAGAAGAGGAAACAAAAAAUUCACAGUACGACGCCGCAUCUCCCUUGUCCUCACCAUCUUCGUUCCAUCCGUCAUCCGUCGAAAAUGGCAUGCAGCAUUACAGUCAAUCGGUUCCUAAUUAUCACCACCAUUUCCAGAAUCUGACUAUCCCUGCCAAUGAGACUGCGUCGGCCGGAAUGUUCAGCAUGAGUCCUACCGAUCCUCAUUCACCACGGCAUUUGUUCCCAACAGCGACUGAGGCUGGUUCCUCACCGAUGAACUUGAAUGCAGCGGCGGUCCAUGCUGGUGCCAUGAGUUUUGAAGAGCUGUUCAACAUUUAUUACACUGGGGGUAAUGGACAAGCUACCGUCACGAGUCCAGCAGCUUCAGGUGCCAUGUCCAAUAAUACAAUGGCGUUUAUCAAUAAUCGGAACGAACCGCCGUCCCGUUCAUUGACUCAUAUCAGUCCUCGCCAGUUGGUUGCCAAUGAAACUCAGACUUCGACAAGGAACACCAAUAUUUUUGUACCCCAUACACAUGAUAUGCCCUUGCCUUCCACUUCGCCGCAGCAACGAAUGAUGAGUAGCAGUGACAACAAUUCGUCCGUUACUGGAUCGCCAACCCGCCCGACUGAGCAUACUCAACCUGCGUCUCCGCAGCAGACGACUUUAAAAACCGCAAACGAUAAAAAGCAAGACGAUGGAAAGAAGGAUAACAGCUCCACCAAAUGCACCAAUUGUAGUACCACAACGACCCCUCUGUGGCGUCGAAAUCCUGAAGGCCAACCGCUUUGCAAUGCUUGUGGAUUAUUUUUGAAGCUCCAUGGCGUUGUACGACCACUGAGUCUGAAGACGGACGUUAUCAAGAAACGCAAUAGAAGCGGAGGAAGUGCCAGUGCUGGUUCGGGUUCAGGCGGGUCUAAUCAGAAGGCGAAAAAUAAAUCAGUGACAGCAUUCUCCCAACCGACUUUAUCUCAAGGCACGGCUGCAUCUGCAGGCAUAACCAAUGGCGUGACUGGAAAGCGAUCUAAUGCAUGUGGUAUGGUCAACUUGCAUUCAACGUUUGAUGACAAUAGUGGCCAUUUAUCAGGGGUUUCCACGUCGUCGAUGAUGAACAACAACGCAGGAAAUCCGCAAAUGAGUGGUGCAAAUUCGAAUGGUCGACCUAUUACAUUUGCUCCUUCCAGAUGGGAUCCUCAGACCCUUAACAAACGUCAGCGGCGGCAUUCGUUGGAUAACAAAAAGGGAACGACGACGUCGAAAUCGCAGCAAGCCUGCGCCGUGCAGUCGGGUUCACCGGCUGUCGUCAUUGCUGGUUCAAUGCCGACCCAGGUCAUACCAGGAGAUGGAUUUCGUAAUGUUUUACUUGGAAAACAAGGCUUCAACAACGUCAAGAUGGAACCGCAACCCUCCACUGUAGGGACCAUACUAACAAAUAACCCGCACCCCACACGACCUCCUUUGCCUACCGUCGGUAGCGCACCCAACUUGUCAUGGAUGGGCAUGAUGGCUCAACAAGCGCCGCCGCCGCAGGAAGCAUUCCCAUCGAUGCCGUCUUUUGGCGGUACAGCGACUUCGCCAGCCGUCACUUCCUUUUCCCCAGAACAAAUUCAUCGACUGUUAAUGGUUCAGCAAGCGACUGCCGCCGCCGCUGCUGCUGCUGCAGCCCAGUCCGGUCCUCCUAACAAUCAUAACGAUACCAUGGAUCAUGACCAUCCAUCGUUAGCCACUACUACACCCAUGCCGCAAAAUUGGUCUUAG